CUAUAUACAUUAACAGUUUUCCACUAAACAAAACAAAGCCCAAAAUUUCUCAGGCCUAAAGCUAGUUCAAUUCAGAUACAUUUUCACGCUGUUUCCAUACAUAUAGUUGAAUAGUUGAUUUUGUUCGGGUGGCAUGUCCUGCAACUCUUGUCCACCGUUUGGUGGAUAUAAGUUUCCAUCCUGUUUUCAGCGAUACGGCGGCGUCUCCAACAAGAAGAAUCCGGGCAAUGUACAGACCCUGCACAGUCUCGCACACAAUGUGAUGCCCAAAUUCUAUGAUGGCGUCGAGCUCGACUAUUAUCAUCGAUUGGCUCCAAAUAAAUUUAUAUCGGCCGCUUGGGUAUUGAGUCAUGUGAGAGCCGCCGGUUUUCGCUUUGGGGGUCUCUACACGUUUCGUGUACUUGAUGAUUUCAUGUUAACGCCAACAAUUGUUGGCGACAUACAUCCCACCACAUUGGCAGCCAAUUUGAAUAUACUGUAUUAUCCUUUCAAACCAUUGCGACUGGAGGCCGUUCUGCAAAAGCCUGGCGAGGAUGUGCCGGUGGAAACGCAAUAUACUAUUGAGUGGACGCGACCCAGCGACACAUGGGCAGCAAAUUUUUACAAUGUUCGCAAUGAGAAUGGACGUUGCACUUUGUCGGUAAUGCGUUCCAUUACCCAGCACUGGGCAAUCGGUGGCGAACUACUGCUAGAGUGGAAUGAGCCAAAGAACCUCAUGACUGACUUGGCUUUUGCUGCGCGCUACUCGCAUCAUCAUUAUUCCUUUGCGGCAACGGCCUCCCGUCAGGGUCUGGACGUCAGCUAUUGGCAGCGCAUUCAUCCACAAAUCCAGAUGGCCAAUCUAUUAGCCUGGAAUCGCAGUACACGCAAAACAAUUGCCACCAUAUGCUAUCAAUGGAAUUUCUGGAACUGUGCCGUACACGGAAUGAUCGAUUCGGAUGCGCUGGUUGGUUUCAUGUGGACCAAAUAUCUAUCUUAUAUACCGAUACAAAUGGGUUUCAGUGUGGUGAUGAGUCUGCCGACUGAUCGUUUUGCUUUCGGAAUGCGAUUUGUACUCGAUCCGAGCGGUCUGAGACGCGGCGACUGAGAUGUUUAUAUUAAUGUUUAAAUUAUAUUUUUUACCAAAUUGUCAAAUAAUGUCAUGUACACAGUUUAAAAAACGUUUGGUGUUUAAUCAGAA